CCGCACUCGUCUCGACUCUCGUUCAGUCGUUCAUGUGCGGGUGAACCCUCUAGCGGACAUCUAAAAAAGACGGUAUGGAUUCGUGGAAUGGAAUCCUCAAAAGACAAAACACAACCGCCAUAGAGGGCGCAUCGAUACCGUGUAAUGCGUAUUCUGGCUUGUGGCUGAUGCCAUUAUUAUAUGUUUGCAGCGCGUUCUGAAGAAAACGGUCGCUUUUUGAGGUUAUACGAGAAUCAACACAAGAUUGAUUGAGUAACAGUAUAUUCUGACGAAAUCCAGAGAAAGAAAAUUAUGAAGAAAAGUAUAGAUUUCGUCAAGUUCUAUGAUAAUCUCAAUUAGCGAUUACUAAAAAUGAGCAGUUUCGAUCAGUGUUUUCAAGUAUUCGUUCCUGUUAUUUUUACGACGUACACGUGACAUUGGACGAGCGUAAAAAAAGUAGCUGUAAGUUCGAUAGUUCAAAUAGCAAAAUGAUAGCUGAAGCUGUAAAUAAUAAGGUCAAUAAGCUCCUGUCCAACAAGUUGACAAACCCAACUGGAGGAGAACAGAAGAAAGAUGUACCUGCAAGUAAAAAAGAUGCCAAUAUUGGACUCAGAAUACCUGGUUCCAACUGGCAAAUGUUUAAAACUCUUGUCACAGAAACUUCAAACGAAACGAACCCCAGUGAUAUUCAGGUAAAGCGUAAAAAGCGCAAUCGCAAACGUACUCAAAGCAGUAAGGAACCUGCACCAAAACAGCAAAUUCAAGUUCAGCAGCAGGCAGCCAAGACUGAGACAAAAGAAAACGAGAAGAAAGAGGAAUCCAACACCGGACUGACAAAAGUGGUUGCCAUGGAUUGUGAAAUGGUCGGCAUAGGAGAUGGAACCGACAGUAUGGUCGCACGUGUAUCAAUUGUAAAUAGACAUGGAUAUUGUGUUUACGACAAGUAUGUGAAACCCACUGAAAAAGUGAAAGAUUACCGCACAGCUGUCAGUGGUAUUCAACCUCAUCAUUUGGAAACUGGACAAGACUUCAAGGUCGUACAAAAAGAAGUAGCGGAAAUUCUUCGCGGUCGAACUCUCGUAGGCCAUGCUCUUCACAAUGAUUUGGCUGUGCUUUUUCUGUCGCACCCAAAGCGCUUUCAACGGGACACGUCAAGAUAUAAAGUCUUUCGCAAAGUUACUAAAGGUAAUACGCCAAGUUUGAAGAAAUUGGCCUCUGAACUUCUCGGUCUGGACAUCCAAUCCGCGGAGCACGAUUCCAUCGAAGACGCCCGAGCAACCAUGCAACUGUAUCAACUCUUCAGAAAGAAAUGGGAGAACGACAUCAGAACCAAAAGAUGAAGAUUUGUUUGGAUACAUACGAUACAAUGAUCUAUGACUUCGAAAAAAACCAAUGGCAUCUCUCUUUUCGAUAACAGAUGGCACUCGUGCCUUUUCCUUAAAUAUUGUAAAUGUGUGCAUAAGACGAAAAACAAAUUAUAUAAAAAAUUAUUUUAAGUAUUUUUCUAUUGUUAAAUAAAGUUAAUUAUAUUGGAAAAAAGAAGCAAAUAAAUGAAUAUGAGUAAUAAGUUUUA